UUUUUUAAAGUAAAUAAUAAGUACUGAAACAAAUUUGUUAUUACCAUAUUUAUAUACUGUCUUUGAUGUAAUAUAAAUUUUUUAUUAUACUUACGCGUAAUAUUUACAGUAUAUUCUUAUAAAAUCGCAGACUUUCAUUGUAUCAUAAGAAGACAAAAGAUAGUAUAAAAAUCAUUAUUUUAAUCAAUACGAUGGAUAAUUUGAAAAUUACGAAAAGACAUUAACCUUAACGAUCUCGUUAAUAAUUGUAUGCAUAUGUAUUUAUUUGGCAUACGUAUCACGUGUAUACGAAUCGCCUACGAAACUGCACGAAUGAAAGCGGAACAAACCGAACACUAUCGCUGCGAGGUUUUAUUGUUGAUGAGCGAGUGUUUUGCUUAAAAUGCGCAUAUAUACGCGUACACGUUUAAUUUGUGGUCGUAAGAAUUGAAAAUAAGAGGGGGCCUCCAAAACUUCGGUGAUACCGAUCUUUGUAAUAAUGUACACUAACGGUAAAACUCUUAAUAAUUUGAUGGUGUGCGUUCAUAUUGUUGGAAAUAUCGUUGAAUAUUAAAACGAUAUAUCCUUACAUCGCUUUAAAGCGACGACAAAUGAAAUGAAAUAUACAUAAAUAAAAAAUUGUAGUGAUUUUAGAAAGAAAAAGUUCUAUUAAAUACUUUGAACGCUUAUUAAGAUUAGUAAUAUGUAAUAAGAUAUUAUUGACUUGUAUAACCUCUUUAUUGAGGGUUUUGUACCACUUACUGAACCAGAUUCACCACCAACAGUAAGCCCACUUUCUUCUUCCAUUGUACUUCAACGUGAGGGAACCUCAAUAAACCAGCCACUUAGCGCACCUGCUUCGCCUUUGUCUUCCUUAUCAUCCCCCAUAACUCAAUUAAAUUUAUCAUCACCCGAAGAUUGUACACAAGAUCCUAAUUGGCAAGCAACAAAACCCACUGUACGUGAACGGAAUGCUGCCAUGUUUAAUAAUCAUCUAAUGGCUGAUAUUAUAUUUAUUGUUGGCAGUCCAGGUCAAACACAGACAAUUCCAGCACACAAGUAUGUUUUAGCUACUGGUAGUUCUGUAUUUUAUGCUAUGUUUUAUGGCGGAUUAGCAGAAAAUAAAAGAGAUAUAGAAGUACCAGAUGUAGAACCAGCUGCCUUUCUUGCACUAUUAAGGUAUAUGUAUUGCGAUGAAGUGCAAUUAGAAGCUGAUACAGUAUUGGCAACACUUUAUGUUGCUAAAAAGUACAUGGUCCCUCACUUAGCCAGGGCAUGUGUUAAUUACUUAGAAACAAGUUUAACAGCGAAGAAUGCAUGUUUACUUUUAAGCCAGUCUCGGUUAUUCGAAGAACCAGAUCUCAUGCAACGUUGCUGGGAAGUAAUAGAUGCUCAAGCUCAAAUGGCACUAAGAUCAGAUGGUUUUGUGGAUAUUGAUAUACAUACUCUUGAGUCAGUACUUUCUCGAGAAACAUUGAACUGUAAAGAAAUUCAUAUAUGGGAUGCUGCUCUGCGAUGGGCUACUGCAGAAUGUAUUAGGCAAGAACUGGAACCCUCAGCAGCAAAUCAAAGACGACUAUUGGGAUCUGCUCUGUAUUUAAUUAGACUUCCUGCCAUGAAUUUGGAAGAAUUUGCCAACAGUGCUGCACAAACAGGCAUCUUAACUCAACAAGAAACAAUCGAUGUUUUUCUGCAUUUCACUGCUAGUAACAAACCUCAGCUGUGUUUUCCUAUUAAACCUCGAGUAGGUUUAAAAACUCAGGUGUGUCACAGGUUUCAGUCAUGUGCAUACAGAUCAAAUCAAUGGCGCUACAGAGGUCGAUGCGAUUCAAUUCAGUUUUGUGUUGACAAGCGAAUUUUUCUUGUUGGUCUUGGACUAUAUGGAAGCUCAUCUGGUGCUGCGGAUUACAAUGUUAGAAUUGAAUUAAAAAGACUGGGGAUCAUUUUAUCUGAAAAUAGCACUAAAUUUUUCUCCGAUGGUUCGAGUAGUACGUUUCACGUGUAUUUUGAAAAUCCAAUUCAAAUCGAACCAGAAUGCUAUCAUACAGCUAGUGCAAUAUUAGAUGGAGGAGAGUUGAGCUAUUUUGGUCAAGAAGGCAUGUCAGAAAUAACAGUUGGUAAUGUAAACUUUCAAUUUCAAUGUAGUUCAGAAAGUACGAAUGGUACAGGUGUACAGGGAGGACAAAUACCUGAGUUAAUUUUCUGUGGACCGUCAGCAGAGGACUGACGGAAGUAUACUACGGAGAUAAUGGUUUAAUUGAUGGUUUCUGAAACUAUGUACCUUGAUAUUUUUCGAGGUUCUAUACAAUUAUUAUUUUAGGUAAUAUUUUUAAGUUUGCAAAAAGUUAUAUAAUAGGUGCACUCUAAGAUUUUAAACAUUUACAUCUCCAACUUUACAUAUUGUUACAUUGAAUGACUUGUGUAGAAGAAUAAUAAUCUUCUUCAGUUAGCAUACUCCUUGAAUU